CCGCCGCCUGCCAGUCGGAGGAGGACGGGCCUGUGAGCAUACAGAGGGGAGGGACUGGCAGCUGCGGCUGCAAACAAGGAAGUCUCCACGCACUGCCCCGGCCGGGAUCCCCAAGCUGCCGCCAUCAUGCCAGAUCCGUCUUACUGUGAUCGGCUGAGGCAGGACAUGUACUUUCUCACGAGAAAUGGCAGACUGAGCGAGCAUCUGGUUGAUAAAAUUAUUCUUCAGCUAAACAGAGUUUAUCCCCAAAUUCUCACCAAUAAAGAAGCAGAAAAGUUCAGAAAUCCAAAGGCAUUGCUUCAUAUUCGGUUGUCAGAUCUUAUAAGCCACCUACAAAAGAAAGGAGACAAACACUGUCAAGAAUUUUACAGGGCCUUGCAGAUCAAUGCCGAACAACUGUAUAAUGAUUUGCCAAGCAGGAAAAUCUUAAAAACCUCAGCUUCCACAGGGAUAGACACAGACAAGGAGAAAUAUAUUCUAACUGACAGGGGUCCCAUGUUCUUCCUUGCUUGCUUUAGUGUUGCUGCAGGAUUAGCAUUGUUCAUGUACUGCUGGAACCCAGAUCCAAAAGUUAUAGGAGGAGCCAAGAAAAUAUUGGGAUUUUCUCCUAUUAUCAUAGGAAGACACGUUAGAAAUAUUUGUAUGGUAUACAUGGAAGAUACAUCAAGGAAAAAUUAAGGAAAAGCUGCUUCUUCAGUCUUCUGUACAGUAUACCUGCCAAUGGAAAAACAAAUAUAUAUACACACACUAUAUAUUAUACCAAAGAUUUAGUUAACAGCUUUAGCAGUAAAUAUGCUGCUUCAAGGUGCUUUCAAAUGGUCAACUCUAUAUGAACUUGUGGAAAUGGAUCAUUUAUUUUUGUAAAUGCUUCUUUUAAAAUAUUUAUCAUUUGGGUAUGAAUGUUUUUAAUACACACCUUUAAAGGAUAUCCUAAGCAAUUAUAGCUCUUAAGCCGUAUUUGUGUUUUAUACUGGUGUAGAGGAACACAGCCGUUUAAAGGAUGUAAUUCUCUCUCUUUUUACUGGUUCAUUUAAGAAUGACACUUAAAAAACCCAAAGCCUUACUAAGAAAUGGACCUGAUCUUUUUGUCAGGAUUGUUCAUUCCCAUCUGUAUUCUUUAUACUACAUGAGUAUAGGGGCACUGUCCCUACAAUCCUCAUCACUAGCUGGUUCAGUUUGUGUGUAUUCAAAACCUUGCAAGGUUUCCUGACUGCCAUGCUCUGGAAACUCUCUGUUAUCAUUGUUCUAAUAGAUUGAGCAAGGGUAGGCUUCAAACAAUGACCCUUUGACUCUGUGGGAUGGCAGAACUAUCAAGCUUUGGAAGCUACCAAGUAGGUUUUUCAGAUUUACAUAGUUCUUUCCUUUCCAGGGAAGUUUGUUUAGUUUUGGUAUAGCCAGGAAACUGAAGUAGUCCAGCAUAUUUGACAGGGACUUCAGAAAUAAUAAUCAAAGCUGCAUGAUGUUCUGGCUGAAAAUAUGUAUUUUAACAUGAAGUACUGUAAGAUUUUCUAAGGUGGCUUGAUCACACGUUAUAUUGUUUCUUCUGUGGGUAAAAUCCUGAAAAACUUGCGAAAGUCUUUCUUAACACAUCAAGAGUUGGUGUCAGGCUAAAGCAUGUGUGGGAAGUACAGGGAGACAGGACUGAAAAUAAGAUUUGAGGGGGAGGUUAUUUCUUUGUUUGUUUUGCAUUUUGGGCCCAAUCUUGCUCUCAUUGAUGUCAGUAGGAGUCUUCUUUCCUCCUGCUCCUUCUCCGUGCCUGGGGUCUUUCUGUUCCUGAACCUGGCUACAAGUAGUGACAUUCACAAUGGGUGGGUUCUCUUAUGACCUACUCCAGAGUACAAAAGAAACUGGGGAGAUCCUUCCCCAAACUGCUUGGUAGGGCAAUCUCUUCACUGGCCCCACCUUCACGGGAAUGUUUUGCCCAUCAAUUUUAACUUAACAGCCAUUCCUUGAUAUUCCUUUGUAUCCCAUGGACCCAGUUAAUCAUAGUAUCAGGUAUUGGCUUUGUGGGUUUAUGAUUCUAGAGUCUUUCAAGGUUCACUCUCAAGUACCCCAGUCUUAGGACUUGUCUACACAGGAAAGUUAUACCAAUAUAAGCUAAGGUGUGGAUUUAAAUCACUAUAGUUAUGCCAGUAUAACUCCCUGGGUGGAAUAAGAGUGGGAUUUUGGGGUUUAUGUCACGUUAGAAAGGGAUGAAGCUAAACCAAAGUUUUUUUUUAAAAAGCCUCUCAUUCUGGAAUAAGAGUCUCCCCAGGGGGAAUUGUACUGGUAUAACUAUGGCGGUUUAACUAUACUGGUAUAAUUAUACCAAUAUAAUUGGUAAAAGGUCCUGUGUAGACAAGCCCCUUAUUGUGAAAUUUCCCACCCCCGGAGAACUGGUUUCUAGUACUACACCUGGACUAUGGUUGCAUCUUAGGGCAAAACCUAUAUGCACGUCCUGUUUCACCACAUUUAUAGCAGUCUCUCCCCAGUCACAUCUUUCUGAAAAAUGGGACAAGUCUCAGAACCCCCUGCCCUUAUGGCCACCCAUAUGAUAGGGUCCAUUCUUUUCAAUGUGGUAAUAUAAGGUUCUGUAUUGUCUCCUGGCAUCAGGUGUGUCAUCUCAGGGCCUUUCCACACUGGAAUCUGAUAGGAGUCCAUCUCUUUAAGAGCCUAAACAUUGCAGCCCUUUCUUCGCGUGGCUGGGCCCUCCUUGUUCUAUUGAUCUUCCUGAAAUCUCUGGAACUCGUCAGCCUGUGGAGUGUCAUCUGUCUGCUGCCUCCCUUCUGUCUCAGCCCACUGAACAGCGAGCCACUUUAGUAUUGCCCUCACUUGGUCAGGUGGGCUACCGAACAAUCUUGUCUCUGGUUUAGCAGCUGCCCCUAAAGGACUCAGGGCUUAUACUUCAUCCCACUCCUUAACUUCUGGUCUGUACCUAAGGGUGGAUAGACAGGAUCCGUGCUCUAGCUCCUCCAGCACCCCCAGCAAGCAUCUCUUCUGACAUCUUGAUGGGUAGAUGUCCCCACCACGGCCCAAAGAGUAGUAAGAAGUUGUACAAAGGUCCUUUCACUGGGCUGUUUAGUUUUUGAUUGUAAUCGCCAAUGCUUUGAUUUAUACUUUUCCCUUAUCUAACCCAAAGUGGUCUUUUUCCCAUUUAGAACCUAAGUGACAUCCCAUGCAUGACCCCCUAUGGCAAAGAGCCUGGAUGAGUGGGUUGGCUUAUAUAACACUAGAGCUCCAGUCAAUCAGCUUGGGAGGGGAAAAAGGCUGGAGCAGCAAUAACCAACUAACUAACAGUCAAAACACAUCCCAGGGGUUGUCAAUAUUAACAGUUCGAUUAGGCAGGUAUUAGUUAGCACCUAUUGGUUAGUUCUUCCCCCCCACCACCCCGACCCACCUCCUUACUGACUGUCUGAUCUCCUCUUCCUACCAUUUGAACAGUUUCCUGUGGCCUUACUGGGCUCACUUGGUGCAGUCCUUAGUGUCCUCUUGUAAACAAUACCUGGUUCCCUGGUGUGUGGGUAUUUGGGCUGUAAUCUCCCAAACCUAUAAACUAAACCCUGAAGGAAGAGGGGGAAAAAGCCACCCAACAGAAACCUGGCAGCCUCUUCAGGUAUUUGACUAUCCUGUCACAUACACCAGUCAACAUUCAUGGGCCCUGCGUGCCCAUCAAUUAAUGGCUAUGGCCCUGAUCCAGCAAGGGCUGUAAGCAUGCGCCUAGCCUUAAGCAUGUGAGUAGUUCCAUUGAUGCCAGUGAGACUACUCGUGUUUAAGCGCCUUCCUGAGUUGGGGCUUUUACCAGAAAAUCUGCAAUUUUUUCCCAGUGUCUGAGUUUCAGAGCACCCUAAGAAGGUAGUAAUGACAGGAUAGUUUAUACCUAAGAAUUCAUUGGACUCUUCAGUGUGAUCAUCUUACUCCAAAAAGAACAACCUGCAUUAUCCUCUUAGAAACAACUGAUCUUGUAAUACAUUGUUUCCUUCCGAGACAAAUUUCACGAGAGGCAAUAGCAGGCCUGGGGAGGAGAGGGAGAGACAGAACCAGAUUUCUGAAUAACAGAUCCGUUUUGGCACCAAUUUCUGACCAAUUGAGGAAGGCCUGAAAUAGGGCCCAAAGGGGUCCCAUUUCUCCCCCUACUGAUGUCAGUGGGGGUUUUUCCAUUGCAGUGGAUAGGAGCAGAAGCCAGCCAUAACUAGACAGCAUUGUUUGUCUAUUACAUUUUGAAAACUCUGUGUUUUCAGUGGUGUAACUAUGUUAACUUCACCAGAGGAGCUCGUCAUUUACAUACACAUACAGCAAGGUCAGGAGUGGGUCACAGGACUAUUUAAAUAUAUAACAUAAGAUGGACAUGAAUAAAGAUUCUGUGUAAAUGAAAUAACAUCAUUUGUCUUUACCCAGCAGAGCAAUAUGUUUAGAUGUUUUUUUCUUGCGUCGGCCCCAUCGUCUCUCAUGUCUAUUUCGAUCUAAUAGCCACAAGGUCAGGGAAUCUUAUUAUAGGAAAAACUGUGACAGUGCUUGCAGCAUUUCCUGUAGAAUUGCCAUGAUGAUGUCAUCAGUGAGCACAACCCACAGCUCUGCUGCCAGAGUCACACACUGAUCCAGCAUUGUGCCUACCUCCAAGUUGGAAAAUGCUUUAAUUAUAUUCUGUUCUUCCUGUGUCUUGCCCUGUAGUUAACGUCAGAGUGAUUUUUUUCCCCAGCACACCAUCUCUAAUUUAUAACUUCAACAACCAAAUGUGACUCUCCAUGUGCUGCUUAAAUCCAGCAGUGGCUCCUCUCUAAGGAAACUGAAAUAAAACGCUUCUGAAAUGUAAAAGGGUUUUAAAUCUUCAUGCCAAAACUGUAUUGGAAACCUCAUUAGAGUGAGAUGAUUUCUGUUUAUAGCAAAAGCACUGUACAAAACAGAGUCCUCUCAGACAGCCACAUCUCAUUUUAAUGCAAAUACAGCAGCCUUGUUACUAGUAAGCAGCAUCUCUGUGUCUAGAUCAGGGGUAGGCAACCUAUGGCAUGCCUGCCGAAGGCGGCACGUGAGCUGAGUUUCAGUGGCACUCACACUGCCAGGGUCCUUGCCACCAUUCCGGGGGACUCUGCAUUUUAAUUUAAUUUUAAAUGAAGCUUCUUAAAACAUUUUAAAAACCUUAUUUACUUUACAUACAACAACAGUUUAGUUAUAUAUUAUAGACUUAUAGAAAGAGACCUUCUAAAACUGUUAAAAUGUAUUAUUGGCACGCGAAACCUUAAAUUACAGUGAAUAAAUGAAGACUCGGCACUCCACUUCUGGUCUAAAUUAUCCAACCUAGCGUUCCCUGGACAAAAAACAUUAAAUUGUGAUUUGUUAUGAGUUAUUGUUGAAAUCCUACAGAAAGAAUUAGCGUCUCACUUUGAAGGCCAGAUUCUGCCACACUGGUAGUGUACUCUACCAGCAAUCCCACUGAAAUGCCCAUGGAGUACUCAAUGUAAGCGUGGCCGAAUCUGCUCCUGAUAGGGGAUAGGGCCUGGAACCUCAAAGCUAUUUAGGUGCCUAACUCCCAUUGAAAUCAGUGGGAGGUAGGUGCCUAAAUAGCUUUGUGGAUUUGGGCCUGCGUUCUUUAAAGAAAAUGGCUUUGAUCAUCCUUUGCAAUCAUGAGGGAUUGGCAUAUUUACCAAUGGCUAAGGUUGUAUUCUUUCCCUUUUUGAGAUCUACUGAGAUGAGGUUACCUUUCACAAAUAAAAUCUCCUGGGAAGGACAGCCAUUAAAUUCCCAGCUACUAGGUCUGGAGAGAGUACACAUGAACCCUGGAGCAGGAUUUGACUGUAAAUCUUAACACACAAGGUAAAAUUUUUCUUAUGCUUCUGUUUUCAGGACAAACUUAUUUUUGGUCCAAUAUGGUCAGUUGAAGAACCCCAAGAGUAAAUAAGAGAAAACUACUUGUUCUUUGUCUGCUGUUUCUUGCAUUACUUGUAAAUGGAAACUGAUGGUUACUUUGUAUGGAUAUAUGUAAUUUUUACCCAGUGCAUUGCACAAUUACUAUCUGCAGUGUCGUUGUAGCCGGGUUGUAGAGAGACAAGAUGGCUGAGGUAAUAUCUUUUAUUGAACCAACUUCUGUUGGAAGUUUGUCUCUUUCACCAACAGGUGUAGGUCCAAUGAAAGUUAUUACCUCAUCCACCUUGUCUCUCUUGCACAAUUACUGUACUAGCUUUUCUCCCACCACCACCCCACCUUUCUGCUUCCCAUAAAGAGGGUUUGAGGAAACAGCGACAGCACUAGAUUUCUUGUAGUUCUCUCAGUCUGGAACAGAAGGUUCCACAUAAUUUUGUAACCUUAUAGGGAUGGAGUCCUUUUUUAAAAAAGUUCUUCAUUCAGGAAUGGAUACCAAGUGAUAGUUCACUUCUUGUGCAAUGUGUUUGUCGGUUUUCCCAUGCCCAAUGCCAUAGGAAGUGGAUAGGCUAGCCCUUUGGAAGUCAUGAAUUCUGUGGAGUCCUUCCACAGAAGGGAAAUUUAGGUUGGAUAUUAGGAAAAACUUUCCAACUAUAACUUUCGAACAGGAAGGAUAGUUAAGUACUGAAACAGAUUAAUAGUAGAGGUGUGGAAUCCCCAUAAUUGGAGGUUCUUAAGAACUGGUUAGACAAACACCUAUAAGGGCUGAUCUAUGUAUUCUUAAUCCUGCCUCAGUGUGGAGUGAUGCACUAGAUCUGUGGUUCUCAAAUGUAUUUGAUUGCGCCUCCAUUCUUUGUGUCUGUAGUGUAUGCCCCCCCUACGGGGUGCUUGGCCAGCAGUCGCCACUCUCCUGCAGCCCAGCUCCAAAGGCAGAGCAGAGAGCAGCGGCUGCUGGCCGGACUCCCAGCUCUGAAGGCAGUGCCGCCGCCAGCAGCAGAGAAGUAAGGGUGGCAUGGGAUGGCACUGCCACCCUUACUUCUGUGCUGCUUCUGCUGACAGCACUACCCUCAGCAGCCACCACUCUCCAACCACCCAGCUCUAAACGGGCACAGUAAGUUUUUUUUUUUCCCUCUAAAGCAUCUCAUGCUCCCCAGAAUACAUUCCACCCCCGCCCACAGGAGUGCAUCCCCCAGUUUGAGAACCUCUCAACCAGAUGACCUCUUGAGCCCUACAUUUCUAUAAUUCUAUUAUUAUUGUUUUACUUAACAUCAAUAAAGUUAUGUUUUGGAUCACUCCAUCUAUUUGGAGAGCGCCAAAUCCCCCUUCAAACCCAGAAUAAACAGCCUGCCAUUAAUGACUCAAACUGACAUAUUUAGGCCCUAUUCCUGCAAGGAUCUGCACACAUGCUUAACAUUCUGCAUCAGGGGGGUAGUCCCACCUGUGUAAAUGUAAGCAGUGGUUAAGUGCUCGCUGGAGCAAAGCUUACUUCUACAUUAUAGUGGGUUACUACAUUGUGAAAAUUGUUCCUGUGUGUCGGCUAAAGAUUGAUUAUAGCUCAGUCAUAUUUUCAGCAGACUCCAACCUACUCAAAGUAAACGGACUAUGCACAGGACUGUUUAGAGAGGGAAGAAAUCUGCUGUCCCUUCAUGCCUGAAGCCUUAGCCUCAUGUUACAGUAGCAUUAUGGAAUGGAGGGACAUUGCCCAGCAAAUUAAAUCACUGAUUUAGUGGUGGCACAAUACCCCCCUUCGAAACAAACAAACAAACUCUCUGCAUUGUCAUGGUCGUAGCCGCCUUGCAGAGCACAACUUUGCAGCAUAUUGGAGACUCUGUACCUGGUGUACGGAUUGCCUGCAUCUUGUCUCUGCAAAACGACAUUUUUUCUGUUGCUUUUACAUUUGUGUGGGUGUAGCCAAUGGGAAGUAAGGCAGGUUUGCCUCCCAAAGUGCCUGCAGUCCCAUCCAAAUGAUUGCUGACACUCUGGGGAACUUCUUUUUUCCUCUGGUUUCUGUCAUGAAUGGGCUAUUUGAUUUAGAUCAAAACUGAACUGCCUCCAGUUGCCUCAGUCGUGAUGUCAAACAUACCCAGAUUCAAGGAAAAGAGGUGGGCAAUAGCCUGAUCUUUAAUCCUCUACAAUAAAGCAAGGGAACAGACUGCAUGUAAAUAGUUAAACCAGGCCGACUGGGCCAUCUGUAUCCAAAGGGAAUGGAAAACAAACUGACACAUCCCACAGUAGGUUUGCACAACUCCAUUCGAAGGGAAUCACUGCACUAUUUAAAGCGUGACUUGUCUGCAAGCGAGAACUAUAUAAAAGUGAUUAUUCACUCAGGAACGUACUGGGUUACCUUACAGUUUUAGCUGGGCUUCUCAAAGCCAAGUAGGAGAUUUGGCUACUCAAGUCCCAUUGAAAAGUUCAGCUUUUGUGUCAUUUUUGUAGUACUGUAUGUAAAUAUCACUCGUGGCUUUGUUUUGGAGUUUUGUGUACAGUAAUAGCAAAAUAAUCAUAAAAUAUUAAUAAGGAAUCUUGCAAUCUUAAUUUUUUCAAUUGGGGAAUUGUAUAUACAGCCAUUAGUCCAGGAAAUUCAUGGAAUUCUUGAAAAGUCUGGCCAGUGUUACUGUUCCACUAAGAAAUGCAAGCUAGCUAAUAUACUGCAUGGGUUCGAUAUUUUAUAGUCAAAUAUCCUUGUUCAUAUCUUCGGGUGAUAACGUUUAUAAUAUAUGUGUCAUGUGAGCGAAAGGAAAGUUGUUAUAAAGUAAAAACAUUAAACAAAGUUGUUAAUUCAAAUUAAAUUUUAAGAAUUUAAAGAAUCAAUGUGUUGGAAGGACUAUAGUGUUGUGUUUUUUCAUAUAUUUUAUGCUUUGCAUUGAAGUCAAGAAGUGCCCUAUAAUGUGUUAUGUUGCCCCCUAGUGGCUGCUGCCUCCAGGGGCUAUACCAGGGAUCCGCAACCUUUGGCAUGUGGCCCAUCAGAGAAAUCCACUGGCAGGCUGGGACGGUUUGUUUAC